GGCCCGUGUCCGCCAGUGACCGAUUCGGCGUGUUGCCGGUGCGGUGCGAUGCGAUGCGGUGCUGGUCCACUGGCCUGCAGCCAUGUGCUAGCGUGCACCGCGUCCCAAUCCUCACACAGUGACACGCCGGGGCGCUAUUAUUAGCACCCCCGAGCUCCUACACGGCGGCGCAACCAAUCACAUCCAGCUCUAGCGCCGCCCCCUUCCCACAUCCCCAUCCCAACGUCCUCGCCUCGUCGCCGGCAAUGGCGGGUCCCGGCGUCGUAGCGGCCGCGUCUCGCCUCUCGCUCCUGCUGCUGCUCGUCGCCGUCUUCGGAGGCUUCUCCCCCGACAGCCGCACCGAGGCGGCCGUGCGGACGUGCACGUACACGGUGAAGGUGAAGACGAGCUGCGCGUCGCCGGCGCGGACGUCGGACGCGGUCAGCGUGGCGUUCGGCGACGCGUACCGGAACGAGGCGUACGGCGCGCGCCUCCCGCCCGGCGCCUUCGAGCGGUGCGGCACCGACACCUUCCGCGUCUCCGGGGUGUGCGGGUACGGCGUCUGCUACCUCUACCUCCGCCGCGCCGGCCGCGACGGCUGGGCGCCCGAGUGGGUCCAGGUCGUCGAGCCGGGCCCCGGCGCCGGAGAGAAGCCCGCCACGUUCUACUUCGGAGCGCCGUUGCCGGACGGCGUUUGGUACGGCCACAACCGCUGCCCCAAGGCCAAAGCAUCGGCGGCGGCUCGGACAAACACCACCUCUACGGCUGCUUCGCCUCUGGGCUAGGGCGACCUGAUUGAUUCGGCUCUACUCACCGGGCGCAGCCCCUCUCCGUAUGUAGUAAUUCGGCAUUUUGUCGAGAAUAAACAGAGAAUUCAGAAUAAGUAAUUAGAGAAUCCGAAAAAUGAUGAGGCCAUGAGGGCACCUUCCUGGCACCCCUAAUGAUCUGUUUCCUGUUUACAUUGCCCCUGUUUGGAUACUUUAACCUGGUUUCAUUGUUUGGAAUAGCGUAUUUUUCAAGAAUA